AUGGAUGGAUGGUUUGAAGUUCGAACUACCUGUGAUGCCAAUUUAAAUGUCGCCUCUUCAAUAUCGGCAAUAGCAUUUGAUCCAAAUCAAGAAUUAUUAUGGACCGGAAAUGAUAAGGGUCGAAUUGCUUCACUUUUUGGAAGUGGAUUACAUCAUUAUACAAGCUUUCGAGCACACUUAGCACCAGUUAUACAAAUUUUAGUUAACGAUAGAGAUGUGAUUUCGUUGAGUUCAGCUAAUCGAAGAGAUUGCAAUGAGGAUACUACUGAUUUACGUUGUAUGACUUACACAACCAUGCCAGAUUCAGAAAUCUUGGCGGCAGGGAAGCAACAUAAUAUGUUGGUUAUUAAUGUCGCAAGGGGUACGGUUGUUAAAAAGGUGGAAUCAGAGAGUGAAAUUUGUGGUGAUGAGGAAAUCAAAG